AUGGAAUAUGGGAAAAUGACUGAAGAAGAGUAUGCAGAAAUAGCUGCAAAAUUAGAUGAAAGCUUGAAAGAUUUUGAUGUUUCAGAGACAGAAAGUGAGCCUGAAGAGUCUUUUAAAGUGGUUGAAAGUUUUCAAGUCAAAGAGUCGAUUAUUGAUUCGGAAAAUUGGAAAUUAUUUCUGCAAAGCCAGAGAAAAGUCGAAGAGGAGCAGGAAAAAAUCCAAAAAAAAGCUGCUAAAGCACUAUAUGGGCUCAGAGAAGCCACAAAAAAUGUAGAUUUAACAGCUUCAAUCCAGGUUGCUGAAAAGAUUGAAGAAGUUAUUGAAGAAGAGAAAAUCGAAAAAGUGCAGAAUCUUGCUAUUUGAGAAGAAUCAAAUGAAAAAGAAAUUUUAAACCAGUUAGAAAAAGACUUUGAAAGCGAAAAUGAAAGCAUUUUAAUAGAGAAAUUAAAAGCAGAAGAAAAUUUAAAAAGAGAAGCUGAAAUUGAACAAAUGAUAGAAGAGGAUAUGCUAGCGAAAAUGAUUGAAAAUUGGAUUAAAAAAGAAAAGGAAAUUAAAAAGCAAGAAGAAAUAAAGAAAAAAGUUGAAGCAGAAAAGAAAAAAGAAGAAAUAAAAGUUAGGGAGCAAAAAAAGCAAGAAUAUGAACAAAUAAAGAAGAAUAGAGAAGAAAAAGAAAGACAAGAAAAAAUAAAGGAGGAAAAAAGAAUAGAAGAAGAACAAAAAAGAAUUGAAAAAGAAAAAAAAAUCGAAGAAUCACGAAAACGAGAAGAAGCAAGACAGCAAAAAUGAGAGGCUUCAGCUAUGAAAGCAGAAGAUGAGUUCUCAGGAAUGUUAAGAAGUUUUUUAAAAAAGAAAGAAGAAAAUGAUAACUUAUUAAGAGAAAACCGAAGCAUGAAAUAUGAAGACGAUUUUGGAAGACUCUUCAGAAAACUACCUGGCGUUUUGCAGAAGAGAAAAAUAAUUGAUGAAUAUUUGGAAUUACCCAAAAUACAAUUCAAACCAUUUGCAAAAGCUAUAGGCAUAUCCCUAAGAUAGCCGAUAUGGGCUCAGGAUAGAGGCCAAAACUUCCCACUUGGUUUGGCCAAAAUGGAUUGGUCGAGCAAAGUGGAAGGAGGCUUAUUUGCCACUUUCCACUUGGUUCGGCAAGCUCAUUUUGGCCGAACCAAGCGGGAAGUUUUGGCCUCUAUCCCGAGCCCCAUAUCAGGCUAUCUUAGGGAUAUGCCUAUACCACUGUUGAGCUUCCUAAGCCAAUCCCAUCAAAAACAAUUACAGAAAAGGCUUAUAUUGUUGACCCCAUUCCUUUACCAAGGCCUACACUCCUUACAAAACUCCCUCCAUUCAAGCCUGAAACUUCAAAGCUAGAAGAGCCAACAUUAGCAAGCUUCCUUCCUUAUCCCUUAAAUUCCAAGUCUCCUUCCUUUGAAUUGAAAUACGAAGGAAUUAAAUCAAUAUCUGGCCUAGAAUCGUUUACAAAUCUCCAAACCCUUGCUCUAAGUCUCAAUAAGAUUUCAAAAAUCCAAAACCUGCCACCUUCUUUAGUCCAACUUGAUUUAUCGCAAAACCUGAUACAAAAUAUCCCCGAUCUGAAUCUUCCAUUGCUCGAAUCUUUGAACUUAGACUUAAACCAAAUAUCAGUUUUAUCUGGGCUAAAAAAUUGUACAAAUUUGCGGUGCUUGUCUAUAAAUAACAAUAAGAUUGUAAAGCUUGAAGGAUUGGAAAAAAAUUUGUUGUUGGAAAGAUUGUUGAUGUAUAGAAAUUUUAUUAAAAGCAUCCCUGAUCAUGCUUUUAAUACCAAUUUAUAUUUAAAAUAUCUAGAUUUAGGACGCAAUAAGCUUAGAGAUGUCAACUUUUUGAAUCCUUUGAAGCUGUUGACAUCAAUGAUUUUGUAUCAGAAUAAAAUAAGUGAUAUUCAGCCUCUUCAGCUUCCGUUGCUUCAAGAGCUAUGAUUAAAUGGAAAUUCCUUGAAAUCCCUUGAUUUUCUCUCACAUGUCCCACUAUUGGAAGUUUUAAGGCUUGAAGACAAUGCAAUAGCAUCAAUUUCUGAAUUCAAUUGCAAAAUGCUGAAAUUCUGUAAUUUGUCAUUCAAUAACUUGCCGAGAUUCCAUCAGCUGCUAAUUUGUAUAAAAGGAGCACCCAAUUUGACUCAUCUUUCUUAUAAUGAUAACCCUUUUAUGAACUCACGGCCUGAAGUUGUGCCACUUUAUAAUGAAUUAUUGGUCAAGGCUCUACCAAAUUUGCAGGAUUUAAAUAACACCCCAAGGACUUCGAACUCAAAAGUUGUAAACAGACUAUCAGGAAUUUUGGCAAGGCAAGCUUUUGAGCUAAAACAAUGCGAAUUAUUAGUACAAAAAGAGAAAAGAGAGGCUCCUAUUGCAAAGUACAUAAGUGAAGAAAUGAAAAUGUGGUUGUUUCAACUCCCUGCAAGGCUUUAUAAUUACAUGGGGUGUGAGCCUAAACUGGAAUUUUGUGGUAGAGAUAUUGAAUAUUAUUGGUAUAAUGCUAGAGUGCUGCUUCAUAAAGAUAGCUUGGCUUGUUUAGUUAUUCAAACAUGAUGGAAAACAAGAUUUCUUAAGCGGAAAAUGAUGCUAAUGAAGCAUCAAAACCAUAUCUCUCAAAUUAUAAAAAUUCAGUCAUGCUAUAGAGGACACUUGGUAAGGAAAAACCCUGGAAAUUCAAGGUAUGACCUUAAAAAAAUAACGAAAAUUCAAGCAGCAUACCGAGGAUAUAACCUUCGUAAAAAAAUAAAAAUUGCUCUUAGCAAUGCAAAAAUAAAUGACAUUGAUUUGGACGAAUUUCAAGAAGUCAACAUUGAUGAUAUUAAUACAAAUAUUAAUUUUGGGGAUGAUUUAAUUAUUCCCAAGGGCCUUGAUCUUUCAAAGUUUUUACAGCCAGCUAAAGAAGAAAAUAAAACCCCAAGACUCCCUCCUCUCAAAGCAGCGCCAGCACAGAGAAGGCCUCCUUCACCAUUGGGAAGAUCUAAAACAAGCGAAAAUACUAUUAGCAGCCAAGGAUCUUUGCCACCUCUCGGGACAACCAACAAGAGAAAUUUUGAAGAAAAGCUUGACGAAUGGGGCUUCACCAAGGUGGAAACAAGAGAACAUCUGCAAAAGAAAUGGGUUCAACAGCAACGCAGAAAAAACAAGAAAAAAGUUCUGACAGCUGAUGAAAAAUUACAAAAUUUCCGAAAAAUUGCAGGUAAAAUGUAA